GCGGCCGGCGUGCGUGCGUGCGUGCGCUCGCGCCCGGGCCCAGGCCUGGCGCGGGAGGCGGAGGCGGGCGGCGGCGGCGCCUGCGCGGUCGGGCUCGGUCGACGGUUCGCAGGGGAGGAGGAGGAGGCGGCGGGAGGCGGAGGAGGCGGCGGCGGUGAUGGAGGUGAAGCGGCUGAAAGUGACCGAGCUGCGGUCGGAGCUGCAGCGGCGGGGCCUGGACUCGCGCGGCCUCAAGGUGGAUCUGGCGCAGCGGCUGCAGGAGGCGCUGGACGCCGAGAUGCUCGAGGACGAGGCCGGCGGUGUCGGGGCCGGGCCCGGCGGGGCCUGCAAGGCGGAGCCUCGGCCUGUGGCCGCGUCGGGCGGCGGCCCGGGCGGGGACGAGGAGGACGACGAAGAAGAGGAGGAGGAGGAGGACGAGGAGGCGCUGCUUGAGGACGAAGACGAAGAGUCACCCCCUGCUCAGGCCGCGCAGCCGCCUCCAGAGCCUCCGGAGGCGGCAGCCAUGGAGCCCGAGGCCGAGCCCGAUGCUCCCGAAAAGGCGACGGAGGCAGCCGCCGCCGGCUCAGGGGGGGUCAAUGGUGGCGAAGAGCAGGGUCCCGGCAAAGGGGAGGAAGACGAGCCCGAGGAGCGCAGCGGGGACGAGGCGCCCGGCGACAAGGCCGCGGAGGAGCCGGGAGAUGAACAAGAUAGUGAAAAGUCAAAACCAGCAGGCUCAGAUGGUGAGCGGCGGGGGGUAAAGAGACAGCGGGAUGAGAAGGAUGAACAUGGCCGAGCUUACUAUGAAUUCCGAGAGGAGGCUUACCACAGCCGCUCAAAGUCUCCACCACCCCCCGAAGAAGAGGCCAAAGAUGAGGAGGAGGAUCAGACUGUUGUGAAUCUGGACACGUAUACCUCUGAUCUCCAUUUCCAAGUGAGCAAAGACCGCUAUGGGGGACAGCCACUUUUCUCAGAGAAGUUCCCCACCCUUUGGUCUGGGGCAAGGAGUACUUACGGAGUAACUAAAGGAAAAGUCUGCUUCGAGGCCAAGGUGACCCAGAAUCUCCCAAUGAAAGAAGGCUGCACAGAAGUUUCUCUCCUUCGAGUUGGGUGGUCUGUUGAUUUUUCCCGUCCACAGCUCGGUGAAGAUGAAUUUUCUUAUGGGUUUGAUGGACGAGGACUAAAGGCAGAGAACGGACAGUUUGAGGAGUUUGGCCAGACUUUUGGAGAGAAUGAUGUCAUUGGCUGUUUCGCGAAUUUUGAGAGUGAAGAAAUAGAACUUUCCUUCUCCAAGAAUGGAGAAAAUCUUGGUGUGGCAUUCCGGAUCAGCAAGGAGUCCCUGGCAGACCGGGCGCUUCUACCCCAUGUCCUCUGCAAAAAUUGUGUUGUAGAAUUAAACUUUGGUCAGAAGGAGGCGCCUUUCUUCCCACUGCCAGAAGAGUUUGUGUUCAUCCACGCUGUGCCUGUUGAAGAGCGCGUGCGCACUGCGGUCCCUCCCAAGACCAUAGAGGAGUGUGAGGUGAUUCUGAUGGUGGGACUUCCUGGCUCUGGAAAGACUCAGUGGGCACUGAACUACGCGAAAGAAAAUCCUGAGAAAAGAUACAAUGUCCUGGGGGCUGAGACUGUGCUCAAUCAGAUGAGGAUGAAGGGGCCCGAGGAGCCAGAGAUGGACCCCAAAAGCCGAGAUCUGUUAGUUCAGCAAGCCUCCCAGUGCCUUAGUAAACUGGUCCAGAUUGCUUCCCGGACAAAGAGGAACUUCAUCCUUGAUCAGUGUAAUGUGUACAACUCGGGCCAGCGGCGGAAACUCCUCCUGUUCAAGACCUUCUCUCGGAAGGCAGUGGUAGUGGUCCCGAAGGAGGAGGACUGGAAGAAGAGGCUGGAGCUGAGGAAGGAGGUGGAAGGGGACGAUGUGCCUGAGUCCAUAAUGCUGGAGAUGAAAGCCAACUACUCGCUGCCUGAAAAAUGCGACUACCUGGAUGAAGUGACCUACGGGGAGCUGGAGAAGGAGGAAGCCCAGCCCAUUGUCACCAAGUACCGGGAAGAGGCCCGGAAGCAGCUGCCCCCCUCUGAGAAGCGGACUAACCGCCGCAACAACCGCAACAAGCGCAACCGGCAGAACCGAAGCCGGGGCCAAGGCUACGUGGGCGGGCAGCGCCGAGGCUACGACAACCGGGCCUACGGGCAGCAGUACUGGGGGCAGUCUGGAAACAGAGGGGGUUACCGUAACUUCUAUGAUCGAUACCGGGGAGACUAUGAUCGAUUCUAUGGGCGAGAUUAUGAGUACAACAGAUACAGGGACUAUUACAGACAGUACAACCGGGAUUGGCAGAAUUACUACUACCACCACCCCCAGGACAGAGACCGAUACUACAGGAACUACUACGGUGGUUACCAGGGGUAUCGGUGAAGCCCCUGCUGUUGACGCCAGUCAGCCAUGAAGCUGAAUCUGGGGGUGCCAGCACCCCCCCAAAACACAACCAAGGAAAACAGGGGCUGUCGGGGUGGGGCUGAGCUGCCAGGGAGGGAUGGUGGGGGGAGGGUACGCAAGCAGGGGUGGGGGAGGGGGGUGGAAACAAACCACAAAACUGUACAUUUUUUUUAAAGUUUGUUGAAAAGAAUAUUGUCUUAUUCUAUAAAACAUUUCAAACCUAGGUAGAUAUUUGUAAUCGAAAAAAAAAUUUACUGAAAAAGCAGCACUUAGGGCUGCCUGUUCUGUACCCUGCAGUUGGACAGGAAAAGAACUGAAAAUGUCACCCUUCUGAUAGACUUAAGGUAGCUGAACUGGCAGCCAAGUAACGGCAAAUGGGGAGGAUGGGAAGGCAGCGUGGGGAUUCUCUCCAAGCAGGAAGCAGCAGGCAGGAAUGGGCACAGAGUGAGCUUGUGACCAGGCAGUGGAAAUAAACUAUUGGCUCUUAUCAAUCACUUGCACCAACUAACCGUUUGUAUUUUCUUUACCGACCUUUCCCUCUUGGGAUAAUUGGUCUGGUGGGCUGGGAGGCCAGCAUGUCCCAAUCACCGCUUGGCUGUGCCUUCCUGUUGUUUGGCCAAGGCAUGGAGACUGCCAGUGAAUGGUUCUGUUGUAUGGGGUUCCCAAGCCACAGCAGCAUGGGGAAUAUUCUCAACUGCAGAGCAGACUAGCUUGCCCCCUCUGCGUACCCAUUCAUGAAGUCCCAUCAAGUCUUGGGCAGAAUGAGACUGCAGCAGUCAGCCUGAAGAUGGGGAUUAACCAGCCAGUCUCUGUCUUCCAGGGUUGAGAGAGGCACGGGGUCUCUGAAACCAUCUGUCCUCUUGGAGAAGGAGGUUUCUCAGGGUUUCAGCUCACACAGUAAAUGCAGCAGGAUAUGUAUAUAGGUGAAUCCUGUGGUGCGGGCUCUGGGGCCCAGGUGCUGAGAAUAGCAACUAUUUUAUACAGAAUGGAGGAUUCGCGCCCUGCUGGGUUUUUGAUACACAGGUAGGGAGUGAAUAGAAAAGGGGGGCGGGAUGGCAGCUCUGUGGCUGCUGAGGUGUGAUUAGAGUGGGCGUGAAUGUGUGCGUGUGUGUGUGUGUGUACGUGUGUGUGGAAGAGAGCACCUCUUCCACCUUGAAACAGGGCUCGGGUGCUUUCCCUGUGUGUCCCCAGAGGCUUCCAAGCCACAAGAUGGCCCCUGGGGGAGUCAUGUUUGUAACUUUACUAACCCCUUUCAAUUCUUGACAGCUGAAGAUUGCUGGAUUCAAGAAUAUGGGUGGGAUGUGGGAAUGCUUUUUCAGAUAUUUAGCUUCAGUUUUAAUCCAUUCUCCUGCUCAGCAUUGUGUCAGCCAGGAGCUUACUCGGCAGACACCACCUACUGUAGCACUAUCUAGCAAGAGAAAGCCCUGGGUUGCGACUAGAAAAAGCUUCGUUCGUUUCCUCCCCUUGGCAUCUCUGUGGAAGAUUUUGUGCAGAGAUUUGGUCUUGUCCCACUGUUACUGCCAUGCUGUGUGGUCCUCCAGGUGUGCACACCGCAUCCUGGCUCCCUGCUCCCCCUGCUCCUCAGCAUCAGGACACGCCCUUCUCUGUCUCUGGCCCCGGUCCUGUAGCAGGGGCUGGUGGAUGAGUUGGUGGUGCCAUCCAAAGGAUGUGUGUGCGACAGUGGGUCCAGUGACUGCAUGAACUUUCCUGUAACCCUCUAACUCCUUGUUAAGAGUUUGAGAAAACUUUGUUCUUAGCAUCUGGGCAAGGAGGUGAAAACUGGAGCCCUAAAAAACUCCCUUAGGGCAAGGUUAUUAUACAAAAGUUUGAAUUUGAGGCAGAGGCUGCCAUGCUUUUUUCAGAUGCUGAAGCCCUCCAGUGAAUAGCCUUUUCCUGGUGGUCAGACAGGGACAAAGCUUAAACUGCUUGGGGAUUCUGGGGGCGGGGUGGGGGGCUUUUUUACAUUGUUCUAGGUGGGUGAAGAGUGCAACUGCCACAUCCUGGUUUUUAAGAGAUCACGGGCAACAGCAGUGGAUGUCUGCUUUUGUUUCUGUCUGUCCAUUUUUAUUAUGAAAAUGCAAUGUUCAGGGGGUAUAUGUGGAUUAUGGCAACAGUCCUUAGAAGACUUGUUUAGUGUUUUAUCAGACGUCUGUUGUAGUUGUUUUAGAUGAAAAGCUUGUCAGAAACACCACGUGGAGCCUGUCAAUGUUUUUGCACAACCUGUAAAGCAUUCUUGGAAGUGGCCAGUAAAAAAGGGUUUUACCAUUAAAAAGAAAUGUAACUGUGUCAUUGCUUAUAUCUGUAACUUUCUCCUCCCCUGUUCUCAUUACAACAUUCUGGCAAAAAUGUAGGCACCACAGUGUCCAGUUUUAGAAUAAAUCGCCAUUUGGACUGAA